UAUAUUUAACAAUAAAUAAUAAUACAUAUACAUACAUAAAACAUCUAAUGGUAAACUACUUAGUAUAUCAAAAUUACUAGUAAAAUUACGUAUACGAAAUGUAUUCCUUUUUGAAAGCUGAAAAAUCAUGUUUGUAAAUUUUUCUUAAGGUUUCCAUAAAAGUGAAGUAUGCCACGUAUGCUGAUUGUAUUGAUUUCUUGAAUAUAAUAUAAUAUUUUUUUUCCAACCCAUACCAUUAUAAUAAGUUAAUACACACAAAAUCAUUCCUAUCGGAAUUAAUCUAGCCAAACUCAACUCAUUAUUUUUGGUAGUUUUUUUUUUUCAACGAUACCAAUUUGUUGAAAUUAUUAUAUAAUUAUAUUAUCAAACAACGAGUUCUUAAUUGGCCGGAUGUAGCAUGAGCAUAGUCCAUGAUCGUUAUAUCAGCACUACUAAUCGUAAUCGGCUGACAUUAAAAUGAAAGCGUUGGCCUCGAAUACUUUAAUCUGGACACUUUGGAUUACCGUCCACGCUUGCGUAAAUUGUGAGGAGCGUAAUUUUCGCAUAAGGAUGGAUGAGUUUUCAGUAAAAUAUAGGUUACGCGAUCUGAUCGAUUAUAUCGAUUUUCGAAUCGUUAAUAUUAACAAUCGAACCUACGUUGACGGUGGGAUGACUUUAAAGUCUGAUGUGGAGGAAUUAUUAAUGCACACAAGUAUGGAUUACUGGCAGGCCUCAAAUAAAAAGAAAAUGAAGUUGUACGAUGGUCGAUUAGAUGCAUGUCUUUUUCUGAGAACUUCUCACCGUUUUGGAUUGUUUCAAAUUUACGUAAAAAGCUUUAAAAAACACACGAAUGCCAAUCUUGUAUGUCCCUUAAAAUCGAAUUACAACUAUACGUUGACAAAGUGGCAUAUGGAUGAGAAUGAUCUACCUCCGUUUGUUCCAUUUGGUAAAUUUCGGACUGUUACUGAAUAUUUUACACAAGACCGGAUGGUAUUGCGAAUUAUCACUCAAGGAAAAGUAGUUGCCAAUAAGUAUAACUAGAUC